AUGGUGGACUCGGAUGAAGAUUUCUCCUUGGGAGAGGAAGACGAAUACACAGAAUCUGACGGAUGCACUAAAAAGCAUGCACUGGAAGACAUUGGGCCAGAACGCGCGGCAAAAUCGGUCCGGUCGAAGUCUCCAAAGGCGUCCAAUCAGACAAGGGCCCUGAUGCCAAGCACACUUGAGGUACUUUUGCCUAUGGAAAGAGAAGCUUCCUUGCUACUCCAGGGCAUAGACUACGAUCGAAAUACCUCGGCGCGUAUCAUUGUGGCCAGUCUUAGGUUCCAGAAGGAAUAUCUCCUGAAAAAAUCCAAAAAUAAGUGUAAGAACACACCCGCUCCUGAAGUUCGAAAUACCGUGUGCCGUAUGCUUGGCGUUUCACCAAAGGUUUACACUAAAAUCAUGUCAGGGUACAUCCUACACCGCUCUGUUUAUGCUAGUGGAUUGGAUGGUCAAGGGAGAGGCGGAAAUAGUGGCGCAAAAUCAAGUCGGAUCCCCCGAACAAAGAGCGUUUCGAUUGCCGUCCGUGAGUUUGUUCGAGGGGAACGGAAACUUCAGAAACUAGUAACGGGACGUGAAGUGCUGGAUUUCUUUAUUAAAGAAGGCAUAUUAUGCAUUCCAAUGGAUCCGAAGAUGGGAGUGUUUGUAAAGAAAGAUUUCCAGACAGCCUCUCGCAAUGUGCGUCGAUAUUUGCAAGACUAUGGUUACAGGCGGGGCCGACGUAACAACAUUGCCCCAAAUCAAUCAAUGAUUGCCAAACGCCAUGAGUAUGUUCAAGCUCUCUUUACCAAUGAAGCACUACCAAAAGGGGAAAGGCUGCGCAAUGUGUACAUGGAUGAAAGUUGUAUUCAUGAGCACUAUAACAAGAACGACAGGAGUGUUUGGGACCCUAAGGAUGUCUUGGACAUCCAGCAUGGAAAGUCAAAGCACAAAGGUCGGCGAUACUGCUUUGCUGCCGCAAUUCAGGGACCAGAUCCUUUUGUUGAUGUUCCUGAACUUGCAUCCGAAAAGGCUGGGUUGGUGCCAGGAACCAUUUGGGCAUUCUGUCCACAGAAGAAGGGUAGUGACCAAGGUGACUACCAUAAAGUAUUCAAUGGUGAAAACUUUGUCACUUGGUGGAAAAAUCAGCUCCUACCCAACCUGCAUCAGCCUUGUCUUAUUCACAUGGACAAUGCAGCAUAUCAUAAGGUAUAUGGGAGUCAUGUUCCAAAGUGUGGGAAGAUGCAAAAGCAGGAGUGUAUUGAUUAUCUCCAUUCCAAAGGUAUUGAGACGGAGGCAGAAUGUUCUGCUGUGGUGCUUAAAGUCCGGACAAAGGCCUGGAUUGUUGCAAAUGAAAAAUUUGAGUGUGUGAGGUUGGCUGAGGAGCAGGGACAUAGAGUUCUGUUCACCCCACCAUAUCAUAGCGAUCUGCAACCAAUUGAGCUUGUAUGGGCUUUGAUCAAGGGAAAUGUUGGCAGACAGUACAGUUUGGAUUCAACUUUGGACCUUGUGUACCAGCGAUUGAUGAAAGAAUUUGACAUGUUGCAGGAGUCAGGGCAUGAUUCCAUUCAUUGUAUGAUUGUCAAGUGCACCAAUUUAGCGCGACAGUUCAAGGAAGACAUUCCAAUGGAGGAGGCAGCUGAUGAGGCAUUGGAAAUGGAGGAAGCUGAUGAUUAUGAUGCUUACAAAGCGGGAUUAGACGAAGGUAUACCUCCCGAAAAUUAUCCGGAUGAAAGCGGAGAGGAAAGCGGUGUAGAGGAUGUGUUUGGUGCGGCUAGCGAUGCUGAUCUCAAGGAGAACGGAGACAUUAAAGACACAGUGCAAGUUUAA